UGAGCAGGGCGGGCGGCUGCGGGGGCCGGAUGAGUGAGUGCCAGGCCAGGUGAGUGCUGUGCGGGAGUGAGAGAGGAGCGAGUGUCGUCUGACGGUCCGCGCGAGCCCGGCGAAGUAUCGGCGCCGGUGCCCAGGCGGGGGCAAAUGCACGGGCGGCCCUGGACGAGUAGGAGUGCCGCACGCCGCUGCUGAGGCCCAACCCGCGAGAAGCGCGCGCGGCAGCCGCAGCGAGGCCGACCUGCGACCACGAGCAUCGGAGACAGCAGGCACAGCAGCAUGGCCGGUGCGGACGGCGGCGUGAGCAGGCGCGCGCGGGGGCCGGCGCCGCUGCGAUGGAUGGCGCUGUGCGCCCUCGCGGCCCUGCUGCCCGCGCUCGCCCUCGGCGGAGACAUCUGCGCCAACGUGCGGUACUCCUACGAGAAGGGCUUGGGAUCCGGCUCCAUGCCCAAGGACACCCUCAAAGACAUUUUUACAACUAAUAGUGAUUUAAAUAAUUUUACUAUUCUACUUUUACUAAAUUACAUACAUUACUUUUUAUAA